AUGGUCUCUCUUGAACCUGAGCCUGUUCAUGUUAACCUCAGAUCUAGUGAUGCACCUUCAAGUCCGAGAAUAUCUUUCUCAGCAGAGUUUCUAGAUGAAAACAACUUCAUCACUAUAAGUCCAAAUCCUCUUUACAUAGAAAAAGACCAAGAACAUGAAAAAACGAAGAACACAGAUCAGUUUGAGUUUCUGUCAAACAACAACAUGUCCAACAACAACACAGUUUUAUCAGCUGAUGAACUUUUCUUUGAAGGCAAAAUCCUUCCCUUUUGGCAGAUGCAACAUCUAGAGAAGCUCAACAAGAUCAACCUGAAAGCAAAAGACGUAGAAGUAGAAAUAGAAGGAGUAGAAGAAGAAGAAGAAGAAGAAGAAGAAGGAGAACAUGAAGAGGAAGUCAUUGAAGUUGUAGUGAACAACAACAAAGAAGAUAAUAGUAGAGUAAAUUGGUUUGUUGAUGAUGAUCCAUCACCAAGGCCACCAAAAUGCACUGUCCUAUGGAAAGAGUUAUUAAGGUUGAAGAAACAAAGAGCUUCUUCUUUGUCGCCUUCUUCGUCUUCAUCGUCUUCUUCUUCAAACGCUAGCUCGCUCGGCGAUGCAGCUGCUAAAGAAGGUUCGAGAAACAAAGAGAAUCAACAUGUGAAGAGGAUAAAGAAAGGGUUGGAGAGAACAAGAUCAGCUACUAUUAGAAUUAGACCAAUGGUUAAUGUUCCAAUUUGUACACAAAUGAAGAACAGUGCUUUGCCUCCACUAUUUCCACUUAAGAAGGGCAAAUUAGAGAGGUAA